GCUGAUCCUGAACAAAUGCUGUUAUCUUACCUGCGAAGGAGACUCCAUCUUACAGGAACCAAGUAUGGCUGUGGAGGAGGUGGCUGUGGUGCCUGCACGGUGAUGAUAUCAACUUACGAGCCAGCUUCAAAGAAGAUACGACAUUACUCAGCAAAUGCAUGUUUGCUUCCCAUUUGCUCUUUGUAUGGUGCAGCAGUGACCACAGUGGAAGGUGUUGGAAGUACAAAAACCAGGGUUCACCCAGUUCAGGAGAGGCUUGCCAAGUGCCAUGGCUCCCAGUGUGGUUUCUGCUCUCCCGGCAUGGUGAUGUCUAUAUACACUUUGCUAAGAAACUACCCAGAGCCAACGCCAGAACAGAUGAUUACAGCUCUGGCUGGAAACUUGUGCCGCUGUACUGGGUAUAGGCCAAUCCUAGAUGCCUGUAAAACCUUCUGUAAGGAAUCCAUUUGUUGUCAAAGGAAAGCAAAUGGAAAGUGUUGCUGUGAUCAGGAAAAUUAUUUGUUUGACAAGGAAGAGAAGGUUUCCACCAGACUGUUUUCAGCAGAUGAAUUCCAGCCCUUAGAUCCCACCCAGGAGCUUAUAUUUCCUCCAGAACUAAUGAGAAUGGCUGAAAAUCAGCCAAAAAGAACUCUUUUUUUUCAUGGUGAGCGAAUGACAUGGAUUUCUCCUGUAAGCUUAGAUGAAUUACUGGAUAUGAAAGUUGCCCAUCCCAAAGCACCUCUUCUGGUUGGGAACACCAGUGUGGGCCCUGAGAUGAAAUUCAGAGGCGUGUUCCAUCCAGUUGUUAUUGCUCCUGCAAGGAUCCCAGAUCUGAAUGUGGUGAAAUGCACAGAAGAUGGGUUAACUCUGGGAGCUGCCUGCAGCCUGUCUGUAGUGAAAGAUGUUUUGACAAAUGCAAUCUCGGAGUUCCCUGAAGAGAAGACAAAGGUUUUCUGUGCUGUCUUGCAACAACUAAGAACUCUGGGUGGAGAACAGAUAAGAAAUGUUGCUUCGUUAGGUGGAAACGUCAUAAGUAGAAAAUCAGCCUCAGACUUGAAUCCUAUCCUGGCAGCCAGCAAUUGUAUGCUCAGUCUGGUUUCAAGAGGAAAAAAGCGACAGAUUCCUUUGAGUGAUAUUUUUGCAGAAGGAGUUGGUAACAAUACCAUUACACCAGAAGAGAUCUUAGUCUCUGUCCAUAUUCCCCAUUCUAAGAAGGGGGAGUAUGUCUGUGCAUUUCGACAAGCACCAAGACGGGAAAAUGCUCUCCCAAUAACCAAUGCUGGGAUGAGAGUGCUUUUUGAAGAAGGUACAGACAUAAUAAAGGAUUUAAGCAUUUUCUAUGGAGGUGCUGCCUCGACCACAGUCUGUGCAAAACAAACCUGUUCGGCACUUACUGGAAGACAUUGGAAUGAACAAAUGUUGGAUGAAGCUUGCAGACUAAUUCUUAAAGAAAUUGCUAUUCCAGGCUCAGCCAGUGGUGAAAAAGUAGACUAUAAGAAAACUUUGAUAGUCAGUUUCUUCUACAGAUUUUUCCUGGAAGUGUUGCAGUCAUUAAACACAAUGGACAUAGAGCCGAAUCAGUCGCCCCAGGAUCCUGUAGGACGGCCCAUUAUGCACCAGUCUGGAAUUAAGCAUGUCACUGGUGAAGCAGUUUACAUUGAUGACCUUCCUUCUGUGGAUGGGGAGCUCUUCCUGGCUGUCGUCACAAGUUCCAGAGCUCAUGCUAAGAUUGUAUCUAUAGAUACCUCAGAGGCUCUGAAAGUACCAGGUGUGUUCGAUAUCAUAUCAGCUAAUGAUGUACCAGCUACAAAUGAGUUCUACUAUUCUGAUGAUCCAGAGAUUGUAUUUGCAAGAAACAAGGUGAUUUGUGUUGGUCAGAUUGUCUGUGCUGUGGUUGCAGAUUCAGAUGUUCAUUCUAAGCAAGCAGCUGCAAAAGUAAAGAUAGAGUACGAAGUGCUGGAACCAGUGAUCUUAACAAUUGAGGAAGCUAUAAAGCACAACUCAUUCUUUGAGCCCAAAAGAAAACUAGAACAAGGGAAUGUUGAUCAGGCAUUUGAAACUGUUGAUAAUAUAAUUGAAGGGGAGAUUCACAUUGGGGGGCAGGAACACUUCUACAUGGAGACUCAAAGUGUUCUUGCUGUUCCAAAAGGAGAGGAUAAAGAAAUGGAUGUGUAUGUGUCAACACAACAUCCAGCAUUUAUUCAGGAGAUGGUAGCUGCAAGUUUAGGCGUUCCAGCCAACAGGAUCAUGUGCCAUGUUAAACGAGUUGGUGGAGCUUUUGGUGGGAAACUCCUGAAAUCUGGCUUACUGGCAUCAGUUGCUGCAGUGGCAGCAAACAAGACCGGCAAAGCAGUCCGCCUUAUUCUAAGCCGAGGGGAUGAUAUGUUAAUCACUGGUGGCCGACAUCCUUUUAUUGGUAAAUAUAAAGUUGGCUUCAUGAAUGAUGGUAGGAUCAGAGCUGUGGAUGUCAAAUAUUACAUUAAUGGAGGAUGCACUCCUGAUGAAUCUGUCCUGGUAGCAGCAGUAUCCUUAUUAAAAAUGGACAAUGCAUACAAGAUUCCCCACUUGAGAUGCUGGGCUUAUGCCUGCAAAACAAACUUGCCAUCAAAUACAGCGUUUCGAGGGUUUGGCUUUCCCCAGUCAGCCCUGGUGACAGAAACUUGGAUAACAGGAGUCGCAGAUAAAACUGGUUUAUCACCAGAAAAGAUUAGAGAAAUGAAUAUGUAUAAGGAGAACGAGCAGACACACUUCAAACAAAAGCUUGAUCCACAAAAUUUAAUACGGUGUUGGAAUGAAUGUAUGGAGAAAUCUGCAUACUACAGCAGGAAAACAGCUGCCAGUCAAUUUAACAAACAAAAUUACUGGAGGAAAAAAGGGAUUGCCAUUGUACCAAUGAAGUUUCCGUUUGGACUAGGCUCACGUUAUCUUUCUCAGGCUGCUGCUCUGGUUCAUAUUUAUACUGAUGGGUCUGUGCUUCUGACACAUGGUGGAAUUGAAAUGGGACAGGGUAUUCAUACAAAAAUGAUUCAGGUUGCUAGUCGGGAAUUGAACAUCCCCAUGUCACGUAUUCACUUCUGUGAAACGAGCACAACAACUGUUCCCAAUGCAUGUGCCUCAGCAGGAUCUGCCGGGACAGAUGUUAAUGGCAUGGCUGUGAAGGAUGCUUGCCAAACUCUUCUGAACCGCCUUCAGCCUAUCAUCAACAAGAACCCAAAAGGGACCUGGAAUGAAUGGGUAAGACAAGCUUUUGAACAGAGUGUGAGUCUUUCAGCUACUGGCUACUUUAGAGGUUACAAUGAGAACAUGGAUUGGGAGAAAGGGGAAGGACAGCCAUUCACAUAUUUUCUUUAUGGAGCUGCUUGUUCAGAGGUUGAAAUUAACUGCCUAACAGGAGAUCACAAGAACCUCAGAACAGACAUUGUUAUGGACAUUGGAUGCAGCAUAAAUCCAGCUGUGGAUAUAGGACAGAUUGAAGGUGCCUUUGUUCAAGGCAUUGGACUGUACACAAUGGAAGAAUUAAAGUAUUCUCCAGAAGGAGUCCUCUAUACUCGGGGUCCAGAUCAGUAUAAGAUCCCUGCUGUUUGUGAUAUUCCAGAACAGUUUAGUGUUUCCCUGCUGUCAUCUUCACAAAAUCCUUAUGGCAUCUACGCAUCCAAGGGCAUAGGUGAGGCAGGACUUUUCUUGGGUUGCUCUGUGUUCUUUGCUUUGAGAGAUGCAGUAAGAAGUGCAAGGAAUGAAAGAGGACUGAAGACCAGCUUUGUGCCUAAUAGCCCUCUGACCGCUGAACAAAUACGCAUAAGCUGUGCAGAUGACUUCACUGAGAUGAUGGCAAACAACAAACCUUCUUCCUUCAGUCCUCGGACCAUAUCUGUGUGAAUGACAACCCAGAGAACAUAAGAUGGGAAUGGAAUGGAACAGAAUGGAAAACUGAUUUACAGUCCCAGUACACAUUAAUCAACACACAGAUAAAUAUAUUUUCUCAUUUUCAUAAUAGAAUCAGCUACCAAAAUUAAGCAUAUUACAUCUUCUAUCCUUAUCUUCCUUUUCCAUCUAGUAUAUUCAUUACAAUACUCUGCUUAAAUUACUGCAUUUAAUUGCUAAAAAUGCAUCUCCUGCAUUUGAGUUAUAUGUAUUCAACAAGAAAGAUUCCCUGAACAGCUCAGUUCAAAUGCUGCAGGAGAAGAAAAUUAGGGUGAAGUAUAAAGGUAUCUUAGCUAAUUUACUGCCACUUACUACACUGAACAACUUAGUAGAUAUAUGAUUUUUUAAUGGCUUCAGCUAAUUUCCUAAUUUACGUUUGAGUCUUGAAGAGAAGUGUGAGUGCAGAGAUAAUUGUUGAAGAAACAGAACCUUGUUUGUUGGAUUCAGUCCCUUUUUGAUCAGAAGUGAUGCUCUGAUUUGUAGUAAAGCUGCUUUAGAUUCUUUUGGCACAGGUAUAUUUGUGUUAAAAACAGGCGAGAAACAAGUUAUUACUUUCUUUUGCUAUGCCAGGCAAAUUGGUAUGGCUGACCUACAUAUUUAGGAGAUCAAUUUUAUCCCAGAAGUUGGAAAGAGUCACUUAGUGACUCCACCAGAACCUUUCUUUUUCUCAUGGAGAAAGCCAAAAGACUCCAAGCAGCUUUUCAAAUGGGAAAACUCUCCUGGCAUUCAGUGUACUUUGAAUACAAGACUGGAUGAACCUGUCUCUAGAAAGAGCUCUUAAGCAGAGCUUAAUCCUGUGCUCAAGACUAUAUUGAGCCACAAAAGUACAGUUAAGAGCUUUCUCCUACAUUCAGUCACUCCUGUGAUAAAGAUAGAAAAAACAUAAAGGGGUUAAAAGCUGAUCUGCAGAGAUCAGACCUCUGAUGCUGCCUGUGGUGCAGUAGGAUUAGACCAAACCCAAAUAGUAGCAGGUGGAGAAAACACGAAAAUACAAAGCAGGACCGUAUUAAAUGGUAACAAAUUCUGGUGUUACUAAAUUUGAGUAUGUAUAUAUUUGUAACCAAAGAUGAGACCAAGAAAUAAGAUAGAAUAUAUCAAAGUUAAUAUAUUGUGAAAGCUCUGGCCACAAUAUUCAGAUUUCAGCAUCAGAAUCUUCUUGAAGUGCAAAAUUGAGAUUUCAUUUCUGAAUGCACACACGCACAAAUACACAAAUCUCCGUGGUUUUGAAGUUGGAGCGUUGAUCUGGGGUACAUCAUAACACAGAGAAAACACGUCACUUUUUAGUGAGUACUACAGAAGUUACCCAAUGUAGCACACAAAAAAUUGCAGCAGGCUCUUUCAUGAAAGAGUAGAACUGGGAAACUAAGUAGUUUGUACAUUCAGUGUGUGGUUUCAGUGAACCUCUGCAUUAGUUAUCCCUUGCUGAGAGUGGUGAUUGCUUUUCUGAUUACUCAUACAGCAGAGUGAGCAAGAGCCAUGAAAACUGCCAAUUGUAAUGAAAAUAAAUGUCUCUUAACUUGUUUGACAUGUCAGCCUGUAGGCUGUUUUCAUUUCACUGCUCCUCAGUUUUCCACAGACUAUUUCCUCUUCUUGCCUUCCAUCUCUUAUGAAUUGAUACUGUAUCUGUGACAGAAAUCAGGUUACUAGGUUAAACUGGUUUUGCACUGGCUAUUAAAAUACAAAUUUCUUAAUGUUUCAAUUUAUUUGUCUCUCUCUGUAACCACUAUGAGUACAUGAAAUUCAGCUGCUUAAGCAUAGGUGUCUAGACCAUUUUAGGUGUGAUAGGACAGCAGAGACAUAGGAAAGCACAGGACUGGAA